AUGCCUUCAGCCAAGUGCGGGAGUGCUGAUGAAGAGGGCCAUGAUGGGAAGGAGGAGAUCGACAAGGCAUGGGAUGAGAACAAGGACCUAGACCUGCAUUGCGACUACCUGGUGGUGGGAGGAGGCUGCUCUUCCUGCAGCCUGGUUGCAUGCCUGGCCGCAGCUGGCAAGAGUGUCGUUGUUGUCGAGGCAGGAGGUGCUGAGCCCUGGGAGCGAAAAGUCGUGGACGACCCGCAAAGUUGGUUCGCUGCUGCGUCGCAUGGUCGACCUGUAUCGAGGCUGUACCGGACUGUUCCUCAACUGGCCGUGCUGUCCAAACUAAUGCCUGCCUUCAGAGGGGAAGGGUUUGGGGGGACGGGAAACGUGAACGCAUGCAUCUGGUGCAGGGGACGGAGGGAGGACUACCAACAGUGGCCAUGGAAGCUUGAGGAUAUCGAGAAGGGUUUCGAAUUCGCGGAGCGCUCCUUGCGCGUGAAACGGGUUCCAGCCAAGGGAAGCGGAGCUGCAAUGUGUGCUAUGAUGCGGGAGAGUGGGUUCAAGACGUGCAAAGAAGAAUUGUGGGCAGAGGACGGAGUGGCCGAAGGUUUGUAUGCGACUGUCCAAGGUGAAGCAGGAACCAGAACAAGUGCAUGGAAAGAGCUUGUGAGCCCAUGGAUUGCCAAAGGAAGAGUGAAAGUCUACCCGCACUGCAACGUGUCAAGAGUAAUCUUCGACCGCAAGAAGGUAGUUCUUUGUGCCGGGGCCUUCGAUAGCCCCAAGAUCCUUCUGCUGUCAGGAAUUGGAGACCCCGAGGAGCUCGAAGAGAAAACCGUUCCUCCUUUGAUCAACAACCCCAACGUCGGAAGGCACCUGCAGGAUCACUUGAUUCUCGUCGCUGCGUUUGCUGCUCGCAAGCCGUUGCGCAGCUGCGACACGAACGACAUCGGGACGCACGGGAUGUGCCAUGUCACUAUCCGACGCGAGUCUCGACGCCGACAUGGGCAGAUCCUGUUCAAAGAUUCCUGGAAUGCGUGGGAAGUUUUACCCGAGCUCUGCUCCGGGAUGGUGCUGGGUCAAAAUAUCGGCAGUGAAGUCAUCAGCAGGGUGGUGCUGAUCGUUUGCAAGCUUGUCUUCUACAUCCCUGGCAUCAAGUGGAUGCUGCGGCAAAGCCUGACUGCAGGGAUCUGCAUGAUGGACCCGAGGAGCAGGGGGAGAGUGAGGUUGAGGAGCAAUGACCCGAGGGACCCGCCGCUGAUCGACCCUCGUUACCUGAGCGAGGAGAGUGACCUUGUCCUCCUGCACGACCUGUGGAGCACCUUCAAGAGCGUCAAGACGAGCCCGUCGGCGAAGGAGUGGAUCUUGGCAGAGCUCUUGCCAGGCGCUCCGCUGAUGUAUGGAGAGAGCAUGAGUUGGUUCAAGUGGUGGGUCAAGCUAGCGUGCUCCUCCUACUUCCAUCCCGUCGGCACUUGUCGCAUGCCGUCGGGGAAGGAGUGGGAGACGAGGCAGAGCAACGAGCUCUCCUCUGUCAGCGUCGUCGAUGCGUUCCUGAGAGUGCAUGGGACCGUCGGUCUGAGGAUAGCGGAUUGCUCCGUCGCUCCUCGCAUCCCUUCAGCGCCUACUCAGGCCAUGGCCUACAUGAUCGGCUACCAGGCCGCCCAGCUGAUGUUGGGCACUCGAACACCCAAAGUAGGGAGAGAAGAAUCAGAAACCCGGUGA